AUGAUUUCAUCAAAACAACAACAUGAUCGUGAUGAUGCUAUUGAAAGAGUGGGUGUAAUUGUGGAUCAAAUUCCUGAGGAAAUACUUGCUACGAUUUCAUCGUAUUUGGACUUGAAAACAAUUGGAUAUUGUAUGAAUGUUUCUAAUAGAUGGAGAUUAUCAAUUUUGAAGCAUUUGAGAAUUUGUUAUCCGUAUAGUCAAAAGAAGGAUGUAAUUACAUUUGUUUCAAAGGAGGUACUUCAUUUGGAUUCUUUUAGACAGGUUAACAAGUUUUGGUUGGGUGUCAAUGAAUGUGUUGCAAUUGAUUUAAUUUCUAAAGGGAAGGAAACAUUUAUUGGUGGCUCUGUUCAUAAUUUAUUGGAAAGGUUAAUUGAUGCAGUGAAUGAAUCGGAAAUGUCAGAUUCAGAUCUUUUUGAAUUGUCAAUGAUUUCAAGUGCUGUAAUUGGCGGGUUCAGUGGCAGUUUGGAUUUCAUGUCAAAUCAACAACGUACCAGUGCAUUGAAUGGUAGUUUACAGAGUAAUGUUUCCUCUCCUACUCCUCCAGGUCCUUUGCUUGGUUCACCAACUGGAGUUGGUAACAUGUUCACACCUGGUUCACCAACAAAUGGCGACAUUGAUACUUCUAAUGAGACUAUCAUUGAGGCCCAUUCAUUCCAGAGAACAUUUUUCAAAACUUUUGAAUCAUUCAUGACGAAAUCUAACUUCCUUAGAAUGUGUUUCACUCAUUUGAUUGAUUUGGAUAAUCAACAAGUAGAGUUUAAAGAAAAUGAAAAGAGAAGAAAGAUUAUCAAGCUGAUGCAAGUUUUGAACAUGUUCGUUCACUAUUGUAUCAGAAUGGAUCCUAGAGAUGAGGAAAAUGAUGACUUGAUUGUAAUGCAAUUGUCUCAAUUUUUAGAUACCUAUUUGAUUAAUAGUGUGUCAUUGGAGGAGAAUAACACAAAUGUUCUCAAUUCUGUAAAGUAUAUCAAGGGCGUUCAAGUGAAACAUCAUUUGUACAACAAAUUAGUAGCAUUGGAAGAGUUGAGAAAGAAGAGACAAUUCAAAAUUGUCAAUCCACUUUCUUCAUCCUCACUGAAGCCUCAAGAUAUUAAUCGAGAAGUUAAUAUUUAUACAAUAGGUCAAGAAGCUCUUGCAGCACAAUUGACCAUUCUCGAGAUGGAACACUAUAGAAAUUUGAGAUCGUUUGAAUUUGUUGGAUUUCCAUGGAGAAAGACACCAAACAAGUGCCCUUCCAUCAUUCUCAACAAUAAGCACUUUGAAAAUGUUGCCAGAUGGGUUGCCAAUGAAAUUGUCCAACCUAAAACAGUUGAAGAAAGAGCCAAGGCCUUUAAAUUCUUUAUUGAUAUUUGCGUGAAUCACUUGUCGAGUUAUCAAAACUUUGGAACAAUAUUUGCCAUAUCAGCAGGCUUAAUGUCUGCCUCAGCCUUCCGUCUGAAACUCACAAGACAAGAGGCAGGCAGUGAAUAUGAGGAAAAAUUGGAAAAUCUCAGAGAAAUUGUCAGUUUGAGAGCUAACUUUAGAGUUUUGAGAGGUAUAUUAGAUUCUCUCAGAUCUGAAGCUUGUAUACCCUACCUGGGCAUGUUCUUGAGCGAUUUGAAAAAUCUCCACGAUUCUUCCAAUCAAUUGAGAAAAUACGUUGAAAAAUCCAAAGAGCUCAAUGAGCAAGGUAUUACUUGUGUCAAUUGGUUUGUCAUUCAGAGAGAAUAUCAAAUAGUUCAUCAACUCAUGUAUUGGAAACAACUUUUUGAGGAUAAAUAUUUGAAUACACUUCAAAAGGAUGAAGUCAUUCAACUCCGUUUAGAUCAAUACCUCAAUCAAUCGAAAGGUUUUGAUGAAUUAUAUCAAGUUAGUUUGAAACGAGAACCAAGAAAUAAUAAUUGAGGUGACUUUGUAAAAUAAAUCAUGAUGUAUUAAAA